CGGCGGGCGGCCGCCCCUCAGAGCCGCCGGUUCACCCGGGAAGCGGUGGGGAGGGGUUGAGGGGAACGGAGCCCGUCCCGCCGACCGCUCCCCCGCGCAUGCGCCCCCUCCCAUGGGUUACCCGAUGACGGCGAUCGACCGCGCCGGUUAGCCGCCAUGGCGGCCCGGGUACUGAGGCCGCUGCCCAGGCUGAAGCCAUUCAACAGACUGCAAGUGAUACUACAACAUUUGAAAAUGUCUAAGCAAACAGAUUCGACAGCUGAAGUGUUGUUGGAAAAGAGAGGAGGUGCAGGUAUAAUAACUUUGAAUAGACCCAAGGUUCUCAAUGCACUAACUCUUUCUAUGAUCCAACAAAUUUAUCCACAAAUAAAGACUUGGGAGCAAGAUCCUGAAACUUUUCUAAUAAUUAUAAAGGGAACUGGAGGAAAAGCUUUUUGUGCUGGGGGUGACAUCAGAGCCAUUGCUGAUGCAGGAAAAGUUGGAGGUAGACUGGCACGUGAUUUCUUCAGAGAAGAAUAUAUCCUGAACAAUGCCAUUGGCACUUGCAAGAAGCCAUAUGUGGCACUUAUCGAUGGCAUUACAAUGGGAGGGGGAGUUGGCCUCUCAGUCCAUGGACAUUUCCGAGUUGCUACAGAAAAGACACUUUUUGCAAUGCCAGAAACAGCAAUAGGCCUUUUUCCUGAUGUAGGUGGAGGAUAUUUCUUGCCAAGGCUAUCAGGAAAGAUUGGCUAUUACCUUGCACUAACAGGAUUUAGGCUGAAAGGAAGAGAUGUCCUAAAAGCUGGCAUCGCUACACAUUUUGUAGAAUCUGAAAAGCUACCUGCCUUAGAGAAAGACCUGAUAGCACUGAAAUCUCCUUCAACAGAAAAUAUUGCAGACUUAUUGAACUCUUACCAUGUGAAGAGCAAAGUUGAUCAAGAAAAGGAGUUUGUACUUGAUGAACAUAUGGAGAAGAUUAACAGUCUUUUUUCAGCAAAUAGUAUGGAAGAAAUUGUUAAAAAAUUAAAGCAAGAUGGUUCUCCUUUUGCCAUUAAGCAGCUAGAGACUAUUAAUAAGAUGUCACCUACAUCCUUAAAGAUGACUCUCAGACAGCUCAGAGAAGGAGCUUCCAUGAGCUUACAAGAUGUACUCAUGAUGGAAUACAGACUGAGCCAAGCAUGCAUGAGAGGCCAUGACUUCUAUGAAGGGGUUCGAGCAGGAAGGUACACUUCAAAUGGAAUUGUAAAGGCCUUCUACAUAUUGCUGAUCCUGCAAAGCUCUUAUUUCCAUAUGGCUUCUGCCCUGUCUCCUGCAGUGCUAGCAGCUGGCAGAUGUGAGCCUUACCCUGGGCACACAAACCCCCUGCAGUCAGCGGUGCUGACUGACAAAGACCAAUCCCCCAGAUGGAAGCCAGCUGCUCUAGAAGAAGUCAGUGAUGAAUUUCUGGAUGAUUGUUUUAAGCCAUUGGGAAACAACGAUCUCAAGUUGUAAAGAUCAAGCCUAUUGAUAUCUUAUACAUCUGCUUAAUUCUAUGAUAUAAAAAUUAAUAGCAGUAUGAUAAAGCUUGACAAGACUCUUUUACCUAGCCCGAGAUUUGUAAGUCUAAUUUUUUGCAUUCAGGAACAUGCUCUUUUGUUAUGCUGCCAUAAUGGCAAAAUAAUCAUAUCUCUGGUUAAUAAGGGGAAAAAUUACUUCAAGGCAAAUUGUUAUUUUUACUACUUUGCACAAAGAUUAACAUUUAAUUUUUGCAUCAACUCUUAGUUUAGGAGGAACCUUUGGGGAGAGAGCAUAGUUAAGGGAUGACCUAAUAAGCAAGAAGUCAGGAGACCUUUGUGUUCUUGUCUCUGUCACUGAUCUGUUAACUUGGGAUUGUGCCUUAGAUUCUUCUCUAUACAAUGAAAAUAAAAUAUACUUAAAGCUUUAAAACAGAGCUACAAAGGAAAAUGCAAGACGUGCUAAAUGCAUGGUGUUAAGUAGUCUUUUAAAUAAAAGGUCAGACUAACACAUUAUUAGUCUGAGAGCAAGGAAUUGUUCUAUGGAUUUAACAUUUGGUCAGUAUUCAGUCUUGCUAUGUGAUGUAGACAUUGUUUCAAAUGUCAUAAUAUUGCCAGAGCCUGGAGCACACUUCUGCUUGCUUGUAAAACCAAAUUUUUUAAAUGCCAUUAAGCUUGAUUGAACUGCAGAAUUAGUUUUUCAUUAUCUCAAAAAUUGUUAGUUUUUCCUGGUCUUACAGUGGUAAAGAAAUAACUGUCUCAGACCUUCCUCUGAACACUAAGCAGCACAUUUCCUGUUGAUGUGAGUGAUUGUCUAAUGAUUUUAGUGGUAGACGUCAGCCUGGCCCUAAUACUACAAGUGGCUGGAGUUUAUCUGUACCAACUAGUCUGAGUUGCCAUUUGCUUGUGCCCGUGAACAUCCUGUCUGCUGGGUGGAAAAUUUGUGAAAAGUAGGGGGAACACAGCAAUACGUACUGAAGAUAAUGAAUAGGGCAAAAGGUGAAAUAUCUGCUGCUACAUGGAUCGUAUAGUUUUUUAACACAACAUAUCCUAACAAAUGUAUUUGUUGGAAUCAAAAUUUAAAUAUACAUCAAAAACCCCUUGUUGUAUGUGCAUUAAAGGUUGCCGGGUUCUGAUACUAAUAAUACUUGAAGUUAUACGACAUAACCAGAGCCCCUUGAUAAAAGUAUAAUCUUUUGGGGGGGUAAAAUUAAUUUUUCUAUUGUGCAUGCAACACAUAGCUACUAAUCUUUCUUCAACAGUAAGACUGCAUGCUUUUUUAUGGUUAAUCAAAUCAUGUAUCAGUAUCUCUUCCUACUUGUUGCUACAGUUAUAGGCAGGUCACAAAUACAAAUUUUGGAUUCUCUGAUGAACCACUGAGACUAAAAGAAGAAAACUUUUGUUCAAAUUACAUAGCCAGUAAUCAGCACUGGGGAAUCAAAAAGUCAGAGCUACAGCAGAACCGUUACGGAGUUUUCAACAUUGGGCAGUUUUUAUUACCAACGGUAAUGGUCUGCACUGGUUUAAGGCUCCUUCCUUCCUAGAAGCUGUUGCCUGGAAACAAAGUCCAGGAAAUUCAGGCAUCAAGGUGAACUACUAGAGUGACUUUCAAAGAAUUAGAGGUGAGCAAAAUGGAGAACAAAAUCAAGAAAAAAUGGCACCUUGCUUUGUCACUAGAAUCUUUAAGAUAAAAUUGUUAAAAUUUCAGCUGUGAGUUAAUGUUACCACGUACAACUUUGUUAUGAGACAGUCCUUGAUUUUAUUUUCAAAAGCAGUUGAGAGAUUUCAUUAAUACCUUUUGGGUAAUCCUGAAAAUCUGACUUGAAUUUCUACCUCAUGCUGGUUCUGUAAGAAAUUUAAACCACCCCCCCCUUAUUUUUUAAAAUUUUUAUAUGUUUUAGAUUCUUAAACAAUUAGUAUUUUUAUUUUUAAAAAAUUCAUUCAAUUGUUUCUGUACAAAAGGAGCAAUCUUCAGCGACUAUAUUUAAUGAAGAACACAGUAAUCCCCAGGAAGCAGGGAUCAUACCUUCUCUGACUGAAAAGGACUUACGACGUUUUAGCAAGAGUAUACUUCUGAAUCAAUAAACUUUGACUUGCAUGUUCAGUUGCUUCCAAAAUUUAUGUGAACAGGAAUUACCCAAACUCACGGUAACAAGAUCCUGUCCAAUCUGUGCAUUUUUAUCAAAUAAAAGUCAUACAAGCA